AUGAUUGAACCGAUGCCUGUUGAGAUUAUCAACUGGGGGAUCCUAAACGAGAUAAUAUCUAUGGAUGAAGAUGAUCCUGAUUUUUCCAAAGGUCUAAUUAUCCAGUUUAUUGACCAAGCAGAAACCACCUUUGGCGAAAUGGAUGAACAACUAAACAAUAAUAAAGACCUAUCGGAACUAGAGAAACUAGGCCAUUUCUUAAAGGGGUCGUCGGCAGCUCUGGGUCUUCAAAGGAUAGCUUGGUCCUGUGAACGUAUUCAGAAUUUAGGGAGAAAAGCUGAAAAGAGUUUCCCAUCUAAAGAACAAUUACUUGAUACUCUGCCAGCUGAUACAGAACUAACAGAUUCUGAUAAAGCAAAUUAUGAUAAGAGUAACAGUGGUGUUCCUCCAACAACAGAUGAUGAUGACCUUUAUCUGUUUUUGAUCAAGAGAGCACUAGCGCAAGCGAGGCUGGAAUUCCAAGUAGCAAGAAGAGAACUUUCUACAUAUUACAACGAAGUGCUCUAG